AUGGCCGUCGCGACUGCGAACGCGCGGUCAGCCUCUGUUGGAGGCGCCGAUCAAAUCCCGUCCGCUGCUGGGAGACCAGGAGGCCCACGUACUAUCAACUAUACCAGCCCGAGCAAGACUUCGGCAUAUGGCUACUACAACACAUUCCACACGCACUCGUUGCCAUCGACGCCGGAAACUCUUCCUCCGACCUACGAUACCGCCGUGACCACCACCCCUCGUCCUACGAACCGGGAGGUCCUCCCGAGAUACACGUGCUCCGUAAACCACGAAGGCGCCGGAUCGAUGAAGAGCGAGCUCUACACGCCUUUCCUCAUGACCAUCCAGCAGCAAUGGCAAGACGUCUACUUCGUCCUCCGCGGCACUCAACUGUCCAUAUACAAACUCAAGACUUCGACCUUUGGCCGCCCAGUUAAGCCGGCAGCGCCUGGACGCCUGAUCGAGACAUACACGCUGCAGCACGCUGAAGUGGGGCUGGCGACAGACUACAGCAAGGGAUGCUUAAGACCCAAGCGUGGCCUUGUGAGGCUUCUGCCCUCAUCCACUUGGCAAAAGGUGUACGAGUCGGAUCCCCAGCUCUUUGAGCCGGUGCGAGAGUUUGUGAUACGAUUGCGCCUGGAAGCGGAGCAGUUCGUCUUCAGUGUUGGAACGCAGGAGCAGAUGCUCGAUUGGGUGGAGAAAAUCUGCGCGGCGAUCGACAUUUCUCCGCCGCUAGAGAGCAGAAGCGAACCCAGGUACAGAACCAUGCCGCGGAGGAGCAGACGCCAGAGACAUCUUGACACGCGCACUCUGCAGAACCUGGACAAUCUGGAGAGCCUCGCCGAGGGCGUCAGAAUAUUACGCGAGCAGGAAAGGAUUCUGCGCGAGAUGUAUCCGCAGCUCACCGAGGGCGGCGCAGAUGCUGCGGAGGCAGGACCUCCUGUUGCGGACUCUCCUACCAACGACGCCGGCGCAGACGCGGAUACCUACGACCGGGAGGACUUCCUUUUCCCGACGAACUCCCUACGACCCGGUUCAGCACCUCCAGCGACCGCCCCAGCGCCCGCCUCCCAGCAACCCGCACUCGCAGCCCUAACCACUACCCAAAUCCCAUCCUACAACCCCAAAACAGCCGCCCCCCGCACCUCCUCCGCCGCGCAAACCCUCCGCUAUCGCCGCCGCUGCUGCCCCGUCCUCCUGUACCACUCCUCCCGCGCCUCCCCCGUCGUAAUGCGCCGCGGCGUGCGCAUGCGCCUGGACCGCGAGCGCCAGCUCCUAGUCGAAUUCGAAGAACACCCGCCUAAAUACGACGCGCACGGCUUCUCGGCCGUUGAGCGCGCCGCAGCCUUAAACGCACAAGCGGCGCCCGAGGCCCGUGCAAGGCCGCAGAUACAGAGAGCGCAGACGCACGACUCGGACUCCUCGUCCGUGGUAGCGGAUGACGGCUCCGUCGACGCACAAGGCCGCGCUGACAUGAUCGGUGAUGAGCUGUCGAGGAGCGUGACCGAGGAUGCGACACCCCCGCCGAGUCCGGGGUUUGCGAGCGGCAGGGCGAAGGAGGCUAUGACUGUUACGGUGGGUGGGAAGAGCAUUACCGUACCGCAUCCGGAGCACGUUGGGUUUGGGUUUGCGAUGGGGUUGGGGGGGAGGGGCAUUGUUGGCGUUUGA